AUGGCUCCUGGUAAGGGCGGCUAUAAGCAGAUCAAUAAAGCACUCGACAUACGUGCUUUUGAAGAUUACUUGGACGGACAACAGUCUGUCCUGCCUUUUCUUGAAGAUGUGGAACAGAUCAGCCCUCGGGUGAUUCGUAUUCUGGGCCAGAACCCGGGAAAGUUCACCUUGCAGGGAACGAACACCUACAUCGUCGGCACAGGACAGGAGCGACUCAUCAUCGACACUGGGCAAGGAAUCCCAGACUGGGCUGAUCUCGUCUCAGAUGUUCUCCUUACCGAGAAAUUCUCCUUGGGUCGUGUCCUCCUCACCCACUGGCAUGGUGAUCACACAGGCGGUGUUCCCGACCUUAUCCGGAUGUAUCCAGCCUUGACAACAGAGAUUUACAAGCAUACUCCGAGCAAGUCUCAACAGCCGAUUGUGGAUGGGCAAAUCUUCAAGGUCGAAGGCGCGACAAUCCGGGCUGUCCAUGCCCCAGGGCACUCACAUGACCACAUGUGCUUUGUUCUGGAGGAGGAAGAAGCCAUGUUCACAGGUGACAACAUCUUGGGACAUGGAACCGCUGCAGUAGAGCACCUCAGUACCUGGAUGGGGACUCUGCGCCUCAUCCAGUCACACAACUGCAAGAAGGGCUAUCCAGCCCACGGCGUUGUCAUCGAGGACCUCCCGGCCAAGAUUGAGGGUGAGCUGACCCAGAAGGUCCGGCGUGAGAGGCGGAUAUGCAAGACUCUCGAACAGAUCAAGCAGGAGGAAAAGGCCGCUGGAGGCCGUGGCAAGGGCAGCGUCACCGUCAAGCAAUUGGUGGCGACCAUGCACGGUAACCUCGACGAAGUGAUUCGGCAAAGAGCACUUGAACCGUUCACAGAAGAGGUACUGCGGAAGUUGGCUGAGGAUGGCAACGUGGCAUUCGAGAUUCGGGGUGGGGUCAAAAAGUGGUUUACCGUGGAAGCAGUUGAGGUGCAAGCUUAG